AUCAGACUAAAAUCAAUAAUUUAGUUGUGUGGUUUUCGCGGCUUUUUGCGUUUUCUUUAAAAAACAAUCAAUACCCGAAGAAUGGGCACAGAAACCAAGAGCAACAGUUACACAGGACAGAUUUCAACAAGUGGCGGCAACCCUAAAGUGAUGAAAGAUUCUUUAUCUUUAGUUCGUCAAACGGUCAAACAGCAAUCGAACCAAAUAAAUUUGAAUUCGAAUUCAUAUUCAAGCGAACAGAACGCGGGUGAUAUACGACCAAAGCAGGAGGAUAAUACAGCAAAAGACGUGAUUGUACCAUUUGUUCCGAUAUUUGUUGAAGAGGCUGAUGUUAUUCAAGGUGCUAAGGAUAUAUUGAAAGUAAUUCGACCGAAUUGGGACCUCAAUCACGUUGACUUUAAGAAAUUUACAGAUGGCAUAACAAAUAAGCUAGUCGGCUGCUUUCACAAUAGUUCCAAAUUCGGCAAUGAUAAUGACGACUCCUAUCUAUCAAUUAGCAAUGCGCAGAGAAUAUUGCCGGUACAAUCUGAGGAUCCAGUUAUCCUUCAAGAGGAAUUUACAACGAUUGAUACUGAGACAACGGACCGUUUACCUGUACAAUACUCCGAUAACGUAGUCCUCGUUCGGGUAUAUGGUAAUAAAACGGACCUAUUGAUCGAUCGGAAAGCUGAAACGCAAAAUUUUCAAUUACUGCACACGUACGGCUUGGCGCCAUCGCUCUAUGCAACCUUCAAAAAUGGCCUCGUUUACGAAUACGUACCUGGUAUCACCUUAAAUACAGAAAGUGUGCUAUGCCCAGAUAUUUGGCCAUUGGUUGCUCGUCGUAUGGCCGAAAUGCAUCGUGUGGUAAGAAAGAAUGGAGAUGCCAAACCAUUGCCAAUGAUAUGGAAAAAAACGCAAAGCUUUCUUGAUUUAGUACCUGAACGAUUUAGUGAUGCUGAUAAACACAAAAGAGUGAAUGGAACAUUUUUACCUAUUGGACGACUACGUGAAGAGUUUAAUAACUUGUACAAAUACUUGGAGGCAUUAAAGAGUCCAAUUGUUUUCUCACAUAACGACCUACUAUUGGGAAAUGUUGUCUAUACGAAAUCAAAGAACGCUGUCAACUUUAUCGACUACGAGUACGCUGAUUACAAUUUUCAAGCCUUUGAUAUUGGUAAUCAUUUUGCGGAAAUGUGUGGCGUCGAUGAGGUUGACUAUACCCGAUAUCCGAAACGGGAAUUCCAACUGGAGUGGCUGCGUGUUUACCUUGAGAAUUAUCUGCAACGGAAUAACAUCCAAAACGAUGAUGUUGAACAUCUAUUUGUCCAAGUGAAUCAAUUCGCAUUGGCAGCACACAUUUUCUGGACAGUUUGGUCUCUAUUACAAGCUGAGCAUUCCACUAUUGACUUUGAUUAUGUUGGCUAUGCAUUUCUUCGGUACAAUGAAUACUUGGCUCGCAAGGAGGAAUUCUUAUCAUUGACUGCAUCGAAGAACAAUAAAUGAUUUUUUCCCAGAAAUUUGCAAAUAAAUGAAACGAAAUACACAAUUUUGUGACCCCCCAGUGAUGUACUUAUAUAUGUAUAUAUACAUAUAUGUAUAAACUAUGGCUAGCAUUGAUAUAUGUACAAUAUACAUAGUAUAUAUACAUUCGUAUCUGUAUACAUAUGUAUAUAAAAUGUGUUCACAAAAUAUCCUUAAAUUAGUGCCGCGUCCAUACCAGCCGUAGUCUAUGCAUAUAUAUAUAAUGAAUUUGUAUAUGUUCUUUAAUUUGUAUAUUGAUAUUUUGUAGUCAUAAAUAAAUAAACA